ACUUUCGAUGCGAAACUGGAAAAUACACCUCAGACUGUCAAGAGUAACACAAAGACACGCAAGUGAUUUUAUUCUGUUCAGAGGUUAAACUUUCUUGCUGUGAAACGCGAAUUUAAAUAUUUUUAACAACGACUUGAAAAAAGCCAUAUUUGAAAGUUUGAGGUGACGGAUAGUGCCAGUUCGCGGCUGUCACACAGGCGGUCGGCACGCGCGCGCACAAACACUGAAACAGCUUCGAGCACGAGACGCGCGCUCGCGUAGGGCAGCGGGAGCUCGGCCGGGUCUCAGUCAGUCAGAACCGACCGGAGUCCGUAGCGGAACGGUGACGGACAGAAACGAAUACUACAGGGAGCAGAUUGAUUGUUGUUUGGCUGUGGAGCUGCUGCUGACAUGGGGACACCAGGGUCAGGUCGGAAACGUGCCCCGAUUAAAGACCGUUUCUCCGCUGAGGAUGAGGCUCUGAGCAGCAUAGCCCGAGAGGCGGAAGCCAGACUUGCUGCAAAAAGAGCUGCUCGUGCGGAGGCCCGGGACAUUCGGAUGAGAGAACUGGAGCGGCAACAGAAAGAGCUGUCUUACCAUCACCACUCCUCCUCUAGCAGGAAAUGGGGGCAAAUCCACCAAUGGAUGGCUGAUGCAGAAAAAGCCCGUCACGGUCAUCAUUCAAGUAGCAACAGUCGACGGGGAUUAAAUGAUGACACGGCAUCAGUUCACAGUGUUGGAAGUUACAGGUCAAAUUCAUCAUCUGUAAGAGACUUGAGUAGUUCUUCUCAUCGCUCCAGUCGGGUCAGUUCUUCCAGGAGGAGAGACUUGGUGCCCGGUGUCUCCAGUAGUUCCUCAUUGAAGAGCUCCCACUCCACUAGCUCUGUAUAUAAUGAUCUUCACAAAAAACCUGUUGGCAGUAGCUCCAAAAAGGACCUUCUGACUGGAUUGUAUCAUGACCAAAGGAACUAUUCCAGCUUAAAAACCGCCAAACCUCCAUCCUCCACCAUCUCUUCCUAUACACCACGGGCUCCAGUAGUAUCCAGCAGCAGUACCGCAGGUCUGACGCGCAGCUAUAGUGUGGCUUCUAUAUGUGAUGAUGGUCAGUACAGUUCAUAUAGUUCCCGAGCUCCCUCUGAAUGCAGCUGGUAUUCUUCUGGUGCCAGUUCCACCCGCAGCAGUCCUGUGUCGUCCUCUGAUGACGAUUCAUCCAGCACUGUGUCCCAAAGCCGCCUUCAUCGCGGGAGAAGAGAUAGUGUGUCAUCUGAUUUCUCUGAGAUCUCGGAGACGGCUGCUGAUUAUUUCAGCCGUUCUAAUCGCAGGGGCAGCAUUGUGUCUGAUCUCGAUGAUCUGAGUAUUCCUGACCUGGACAGUCUGGAUGAGAAAUGUGACAAGCAGUUAUCAGACUACAGUCGGCCGUCGUCUCGAAAUGCCACCCCGACUCUUUCUGCCGCUGCUCUGGCGUCUCUGGGGGGCACUUCUUCUAGACGGGGCAGUGGAGAUGCUGGUAGCCUCAUUAUGGAUGCUGAGUCUUCUCUCAGUGAAUUAAAGGACAUCUAUGAACUAAAGGACCAGAUUCAGGAUGUAGAGGGCCGGUACAUGCAGGGUCUUAAAGAGCUGAAGGAUUCUCUGUUGGAAGUGGAAGAGAAGUACAAGAAGGCCAUGGUGUCGAACGCCCAGCUGGACAACGAUAAGGCAAACCUCAUAUACCAGGUGGACACGCUAAAGGAUGUCAUUGAGGAGAUGGAGGAGCAAAUGUCCGAGCUGCGCAGGGAAAACGAGGAUAAAUCAAAGGAGCUUGUGAGACAGAAGCACACAUGCUCGGUCCUACAGCACAAACAGGAAGAGCUAAAGGAGGGCAUCCGUCAGCGAGAUGAGCUUAUCGAGGAGAACCAGAAAAAUCAGGAAAAGCUAGAUACCCUCACGAGGGAAGUGUUUGACCUGCAGGAAACUGUAAACUGGAAGGACAAAAAGAUUGCGGCCUUUGAGAGGCAGAAAGAAUACUUUGAGUGCAUUAGGAAUGAGAGAGAUGAGCUCAGAGAUGAGCUGGCUGACCUCAAGGGGAAAAGCCGAAUGGGAGAGAAACACGGGCUUGUUAUCAUUCCCGAGGACACACCCAAUGGAGACAUUGGCCACGAAUCCCCCACCUCAGGCAUCACCGUGGUAACACAGGAGGCAGCGCAGGUGCUGGAGUCGGCAGGAGAUGGACCUUUGGAUGUAAGACUACGAAAGCUUGCUGAUGAAAAGGAGGAACUUUUGGCACAGAUCAGAAAACUGAAGAUGCAGCUGGAGGAAGAAAGGCAGAAACACUCAAAGAUUGACAGCGUUUACACAGAGGGAGAGCGAAUGGAGAACGGCACUGACCUGCAUUUUAUUGAGAUGCAAAGGGAUGCCAACAGACAGAUAAGUGAAUACAAGUUCAAGCUCUCAAAGGCUGAACAGGAAAUGGCAACGAUGGAACAAAAUGUCAACAGACUGGAAGGGCAGGUGUCGAGAUAUAAAGCCGCAUCCGAUAAUUCAGAAAAAGUAGAAGAUGAACUAAAAGCAGAGAAGAGAAAACUUCAGAGGGAGCUCCGUACAGCCUUGGACAAGAUUGAAGAGAUGGAAAUGACCAACAACCAUCUGGUAAAGCGUCUGGAAAAGAUGAAAGCAAACAGAACUGCUCUUCUGUCUCAGCAGUGAAGACACUCUUCUGACAGCACUUCUCUCCAACACCUGACAGUAGGAAACCUAAACGUUUCCAAAACUAAAAAGCUUCUUUGCCUCUCUUGGUAAAGUGUUCAUUUACACAGUCAGGGAGUGAGCUUAUGAACCUUCGUGGUUAACACAUUUUCUCUUUUUCAACCUGAGGACUUAUUCUGGUUUUGUUGUUUUUGAAAGCUUUGUACAUCAUGUUUGCUGUCAAGGUUUCAAUGCUCGGACCGGGUUCUUUUUUUCCCCUUUUUGUAAGUUGCACGAGUAUAAGAGCGCUUUUAAAACCACGACUACAGGACCCUCGACAUCCAUGUAAAAGCUCACACAGCAAUGUGCCUUCACAGGAGAACGAGGGUUAUGCAUUAACACUAUACAGGAAAAAUGUUUCUACCGGUACAAAACAUUAAUGUGUUUAAUAAAGGGUACAGCCGUGAGUUGAAUAUAUAAAAGCAAUCAUGUCUGAAAUGGUUUCAGUUGCUUUCUUUGUUGUUUCCAAAUAUUUAAAAUAUUUCUUUAAAUGUGUAAAUGAGAAUGCAGUAUGAAUGGGCGGGUGAUUCAUGAAUUGCGAUGUUUCGCAGGGCACAUUGAAUUUUGUUGAAGUGCUUGGUCACAACGGACGACAUCAUUUUUACACUAAAUGCAAAGACUUUAGUGAUUCUCAGUACGAGACCGACGUUUCUACUGUGAGAUUCAGAUAUGCCACUCGAUGCCUUUCAGUUUGGUGCAGCAUUUUAAUCACACUAGAACGUCAUACAGUGAUUGUGACUAAAGCUACGCAAAGUAUACUGUAAAUAAACUACACAAUUUA